AUGUUUCCUUCUCAUAUGUCUGUGAAUGAUCUGGGUGUAUUUGCAGUAGUGAUGGUUUUUGGUUUGUUGAUUGUUCUUUUGUUCAUGUUUGACUUCGUAAGUAUGACAACUUUCCUUGCUAACGUUGGUAGCGCGCGUGGAAUAUUUAUUCACUUAAUUCACUGAAUGGCAUUCAAUUACAAUAUCGAUUACUCCAUUUCACUCGAAACAUUUAUUUUUUUGUUAUAAGGGCUGUGCCUGUAAAUUAGUGUAUAGUCGUGGGGAGAAUUUAGUUAUCAUUUCUUGUAAAUCAAUUUCAGUGCAAUCAGCCGCGCUCCGUGUUCACAGCUACCACGAGCUAAGUGGUUUAAAUCAAAAUUUUCAGAUGCUCGCACAAAUAUUUGACCUUUGUGCAACUGCGGUUGCGGUUGCUCAAUAAGUAGUGUUUGUGUGAGUUAGAACUGUCUGGGUUAAGAUUCCUGCACCGCGCCAUACUUUAUUAUGUAUUCAGGUCUUGCAAUAAGAAGACAAUAGCGAAAACAAUAGGUUACAUUGGCUAUGAGACUACGGCUUUAAUUUUUUUCAGAAUUGCGUGGGGUUAUUCGGAAACCCUUCCUUUUCUUUCAUGCUGGAAUUUACGUUGAAUUUAUAAUUGGUCUAUAGCGCUUUAGAGUCUUCUGAAAGAAAUUAAUAACUGCAAGAACACUCGCAUAAUUAUCCUUUAAACAAAAUAGACUUGGAAAGAUUUCCAUGCAUGUAACCCCUACACUACUGUAAAACAAUGCCUUGGUCCCAAAGGCAAUCUUUUGUUUUUAACAUUGUCUCUGGUAAUCAAGGAUUCUAGGCAUGAUUAAGUAUGGGGCUGUGCAGAAAUUCUGUCCUAGACUGGGGAUAUAAAAAAAACCUUAUUCCUUUUUAAUCUGAGUUAUGGUAAGAAAUUGGAAGGGUAUGUGUAGAAUAUACCACUCACAUUAAUACCCCUUCUUAGUUAAUAACAGGACACUGAGUUAUUUCUCUUAUAAGCACAGAAAACCCAUUUGUCCAUUAAGACUAAGGUAAUACAUUUACAUAGAGGUACUAAAGGAGGGGUGGGGUUGGGAGAGGGGUCCUUAUCCCAUUUCACACACAACUUUUAAAAACAUUUCUUUCUUAAACAGUAUGUCACACUUCACAAAUCUAAAGAGAAAACUUCAAAUCUCUCCUUACCUUGUAUUUCAGAAAACUUCAUGCAUCACAUAUUCAUUCAGGGCGUAAUCAUAUGUCACAUAUAAACCCUUUGCACUCUUGGCAGUGUUUCAGCUGGAAUAUUUUACUUGAAGGCCAGAGUGGUCCCUGAAGACCAUUUUUAGGGACCUUUUAAGAAAGGGGCCAAGAGGCUCCGUAAAGGCACUUAAAGUCCAAUAUCUUGGAUAGCACAAUGCCUUAACUCUCAGUUUAGUUGUCUUUGGGAAUUAAUUCUUCUAUGUGAAAACAAUUUCCAUUGUCCAUUACAGAGGGGUACAUCAAAAGGCCCAUCAAUUCCAGGAGAGGAACCAUCAGACCCAGAGUAAGUGAUUUGAUAAGUACUCACAUUUUCUGUGGAAGACAUUUCUCUCCCCAGGGGUCAGGAGUAUACACUCUGAAGUGUAGAUUGAAAGGGUGUGUAAAUCACCAAAACACACCUGCAUGGAGAUAUGCCAAAGAUUGCAACACAAUGGCUCAGGGGUUUCAUCAAGGUUUAGAGUAAGGGAAGGGGGGGGGGGCAUCUGACUUUAGCAGAUUAAAUACAGAUGAAGACAAUACAAAAAAGCCAUUGCCAUUCAGUCAAGGGUGACCGUGACCAUGACCUCAUGAUAGAGGUGAUAUUACAGUAAUUAACUGAAAACAAUUUGGGACUUUUACAAUCAACUGCUUAACACAGGGUGACCACUUUAUACAGAUUCAACUUUAAUUACUUUGAAUUCUUGUAAAUAAAUUUUUUUCUGAAUUCUAAAUUUCAAGGAUGGGUAAUCUGGGUGAUAUGGGAAAAGCAGGCAGCCUUCACCAGUACAUGAUGUUAUUACAUGAGAAGUAUGGUCCUAUAGCAGGAUUCUGGUGGGCCAAACAAUACGUUGUUAGUUUAGCAGCUCCAGAGUACUGGAAAGAAAUAAAGUCAAUCUUUGAUAGACCUGGUAAGAAAGAAAAAUUAAAGCUGAAUUUCCUUGAACUGUUUAAAGGAUUAUUUUGAUUAUCCUUAUUACAUAUGUGAACCCUAAACUCCCAAGAUCUCAUUAGAAAUUCUCCUUACUGUCUGCUGUACUUUUUCAUAUCAUGUUAGUUUGGGAAAUUUGAUAUUUGAUCAAGCAAUAAUCCCCUAAAUGAUAUUAACUAUUUACUAACCACAUGUGAAGGCCAUACUCUGGAAUAUUGGCCCAAGGUUGUUGCUAUGCCAAAACAAACAAUUAAGGGCCAAUUUUCCCCAGUAACUCUUGAGCAAGCAAGGUUAGUAAGUAAAGGGGUACGUUUCUAAAGUUCUGUGGUGCUGCGUCGGUGGGAAAGUGUGACAAGGUAAUUUGGUUUUAUCAACUGAGUUGAUAAUGGAAAUUGGCCAACAUAAAAAGUUUCAAAGCUGAUGUUUUGAACAUAAGCUCUUUUUCAGACACUCUAAGGACGAGCUAAUGCUCAAAAUGUCAGCUUUGAAACUGUUUACAGUGGCCAAUUCAUGUUAUUAGCUCAGUUGAUAAAACCAAAUUGCUAGGGUAGUAUGUAGUUUUUAUUACUAGCAGUUGGCACCUGGACCAAACUAAAUUAUCUUAAAUUUGUUGGCUUUUAUGAACAAAAAUACAUGACUUAUGACCCUUUCUGGGAAAAUGAUCCAUAUGGCAAAAUAUGAACCAUUCAAGAACCCAUCAGAAUGCCUGGAUCUACCUCGGGACUGCCUAGCUAUAUGAUAAUUUUCUUUAUUGUCAUCACAUGUCUUCUUGUUAUUGAAAAGGAGAAAUUCUGUCAUGGUCACUCUUUGGAGUAAGAGGGCUGAAAUAACCUCAGUCUAAUGUUUUUGCAUAGAAAUACAGCUGUUUUUGAUAUACAUAGAAAGUUUUGUCACAAGAUAUUUCUAAUUUACAAAUAUUAAGUUUUAUUCAUAAUUGAUUAACCUCUAAAUAAAUUAUAUUUUGCAAACAAAAUCAUAUGGGACAAGUUCUGAUGCAUGCCAUUCUUUCAAACAGACAAGAUGAAUUUUUUCUUUAGGCAUGAGUGCUUUUAGGAACACUUCAGUUAUGUUAUAUUUGCAAAGUCAAAUAUUCUAGACCACCUUCUGAUCUCCAAAACAUUCAUAUGACAUAAAGAAAAUUUCUAGAUGGAAAGGGACUCUGAAAUUGUGAAAGAUGCUGUACUUAUUUCUCAGUUAUAUUAAUAUUCUGUCCAUAUUUCAGGGGAUCUUUUCAGGCUGUUUGAACCGCUCAUUGGCAAGAAAAGUAUCCAGUAUGCCAAUGGUCCAGAAGGAAGAAAGAGAAGACAGUUGAUGGACAGAAGUUUUAGUCAUGAAGCUGUCAAGGACUACUAUGAUCACUUUGUCAAGGUUUCAUACAAUUUUUGCUUUGUUUGCAUUUUGUUCAACAUCACCAGACUCUUUUUUAAAAAUUUUUUCUGCUCCAUUGACAGAAGCAAUACCUACAAAUUGGACUGCACAUUACAAUACUAAUACAAUCUAUGAUACAAUUCUUACAGUAAUGCCACUAAUGAUGUUCUCUUACUUACAAUACUACUAAUUGCUAUAAGUCAGUUACAGAACUACUGUCCAACUAGAUCUACUUAAAAUACUACACUUUUGUGGUACUUUUCAUCACUAAUGAAUGCUACUUAGACUAUAAUUAUUACACUAUCAUGUGACAUUGUAUACAUACUAAAAGCAAACAAACAGACAAAAAACUGGACACGUUUACACCAUUAACAUUACAAUUCUUUUUUAAUUAAUCAAGUCAAUAAUUGUACUAGAACAGUUAGUAUGCUGGACUCAGGGUCACAGUCCUUUGAGCACAAUAGAUAAAUCCUGUCAAUCCAUAGAUCCCAAAAUGAAUUCUUCCCAUUGUCUGCCCUUAUUUCUAAGUUUAACUGUCAAAAUUUAAUAUUAAAAGAAACAAUCCUUAGUUGAAUUUUUCCUGUCUGAGGAGAAAUUACGUAUUGAUCACCCAUGGCAAAGAUGUAAAACUGAAUCUUUAACCAUUGCCUAGCAGUUAGCGUGUCAGACUCUGGGUUGAGAGGUACAGGGUUCAGACAAGGUUUGAGGGUCAUGCUCUUAGGGUUUAGGGUUAACCCUUUAACCCCUAGGAAUGAUAAGUAUCUAAUUUAUCCCAACAGUAUCAGCCUUGAAUCACACUUUAAGGUCAUGAGAAUGAAGGAAAUGUUCACCAACUAAAGGUGCCUUUGAUUUUUAGACAAAUUCUCCUGGUAAAUACUAUAGGAAAUGUAUAGAACUAAUAGCAUGGAGAAUAUGCAUACUGAUGCUGCUAGGGUGUGAAUGGCUAACAAGACAUAUAGCUCUUGCAGUACCUAUCUCCACUCAGUGAUGAAGAUGGGUGAGGGAAAUGUUUGGGAAGCCUGAAAAAAAGCUAGAAAUUUCAGAAUUAUGAACCUUAAUUAAUUUAUGAAGAUUUUUCUUUCCUUCAGAUUGCCAAAGAAACAGCUGACAAGUUUGCUAAGGGUGGUUCUCAAGAACAUAUUCCUUUGGGGAAAAGUAUGAUUGCCAUGGCAAUUAAAGCCAUCUCUGUUGCAGGAAUGGGCCGUUCAUUUAUGGAUGAAAAGGAAGUUGACAAGUUAGCCACAGUAUAUGAUGUGGUAAGACUUCUUUACGUAUAUAGUAUGCUGUUGGUGGAGUGGAAUUAGGAAGGGGUCAUUACUUUACUUACUUGAGGCUAAUGAAAAUUUACAGCUCCCUGCUAAGAGUAAGUCUCAUCACAUCACAUUGCAAACACUCACUUAGUUGCUGCUCCCUUGUCAUGCCCACCUUAAAGUUCGUACAACUCACAUGGUUGUCAUGGCUGUGUUUACACUCAGAUCCAACCAUUGGUAUCACCAAGUUCUCAGUUAGCUCUACCAUGCUCAUCUGCUGUCACGUAGUUUAAAUACUUUUGAAUUUCACUUGUAGUGGAAAAGUUCCCCUUGAGAAACUUAAAUUGAUGAUGCAUAUUGUAAAGUUUUAAAGUUGUGUUAAUGCAUUUGUUCUUCAUAGUGCUGGGAGGAGAUGGAGGAACGUCUCACAUCACCUCCUCCUGGUCCAGACAGUGACAGAGAGAAAAAUUUUCAAAAAGGUACAAGCACAAUAUUAUCUGGUCUAAUGUCUGGUGAAUAUAAAAGAUGUUGUUUUAUUAACUUAUCACAAUUAACCUCACAACCCCUAAAAGUUGAAAGUGCUAAGGAAACUAGGAAGAAGUCUCAGAGUCAAUGAAGUCUCACUAAGAGUGACCAGCAUCUAAAUUUUCCUUACAAUAUCACCCCUGAAUCACAAAUUUAGGUCUCAAGAAUAAGGGAAAUGAUUAACUAAAGCAACUCUUGAUUCUUACACAAAUUCUCCUUGUCAGCCCCUUUGGAAAUGUAUAGAGAACAGUGUGGAGAAUAUGCAGACUGAUGUUGAAGUGUAAAGGGAUUUAUUAAUUUGCAUGAUGUCCUGAUGGCAACCUUGAUGAAUUUUAGAUUUUUCUUCUUUUCUCUCCAUUGUUUUAACCCUCCGUCAUCGUAGAUCUUAAUGUAAAUCUCCUCUCUGUCAGCCAUAUGCUCUCUAUAUCAUUUAAGCUCAGAGAAUUUAGUGCAAAUUAAACUUUAUCCUCUCGACGAUUUUUUUCUCUCUUCUCAUUGCCAUUCUGCUUGAAAAUGGGUGGAUGUGGUAAGGAGAAAUUCUUUCUUGGUCGCCCCUGGGAGUGAAAGGGUCUACCAUUGUGUAGUAAUUUCUGGUGUGGUUUUUGUGUAAGUAUAAAUAUUCCUUUUGGUUUAUGGAAAUUCUUCCUCUUGAGUGUACAUUUUCCAAUUAUUUUCAGCCCGAGCUGAGAUGCAGAAACUUGUCAGAGACCUCAUUAGAAAGAGGCGUCAGGACACAGAAAAAGCUGAAAAGUUAUUCAUUGACUCCAUGUUGGAUAAUGACUUCAUGGAUGAAGAAGAGGUAACUAAUUUAACCUUGUAUCUAAUGACUAUUACCUCAUAUUAAUAAUUAAGGAGGGGCAACAAAGGGUGUGCCUUUUGAGCUGUUUUUGUCUGUUAGGGUAUGGGUCAAGGUGUAGAGUUCCAGGUUACCUUGUGAGUGGAGUUUUGGGGUUCAAGCCUCAGACCAGACCAACUCUUUCGGUCUUUAAAUAACUGUCGAGAAUCAGCUGCCUUAGCUAUGACAUUCUCGUGCUCUCUGAUAAGGACAAUUAACUGUAGGCCCUGUCACUCACAUCUUCAAUGUACUAGUUAGCAGGGGACGUUAAACAACUCACCCAGUUCUUGCAAAGAGUAGGGAACAUAGCUCCUAGUGAUGUGGUCUAACUGAACCUUUAGAUUGAUUAUAAAGGCCCCCAUUUAAACCAGCUGUAAGCUGAACUGAGCCAGCCUGUUUUGAUAUGGCAAAUAUAUAAAUAAAUAGGUUAGUCAUAGCAAUCUCAUCACUGAUGUGAUGUACAAUUAUUUGUUUAAUAUCACAAUUACUUUUUUGCUUCUUGUGUGGCUUGUAUCACACUGUUCCUUAUAAAUUUCUUACAAUACUGUAGGCAGGAUUUGCUUCAAACUAACAAGCUUCUCACUGUUUCCAUUAAAUUCAUGAAAUUAAUGUUUGAUUCAGAGAUUCUUUAGUUGGUGAUCAUUUCAGUCCUUUAUUCCUGUGACCUUAAGAUUUGACCCAAGGGUGGUUUUGUAAGGAGUAAUUAGAUGCUAGUCACUCUUAGGGGUGAAAAUGUAAAUACUUGCAUCUUUCGAAUGAAAGGAUGUGAAUAAGAAACAAGCUUUACUGGUUGAUGUGAUUAAAAUUUUAUCCUUAGUCUUCAUCCUAACUUGGAGAGUACUUAAUGGUGAAUUUUUCAGAAACUUCAACUAAAAUUAAUGAUGGUUUUCAUAUGUAUGUUCUUCUCUCCUUUAUAGAUUUGUGACCAUGUUAUAACCUUUCUUAUCGGAGGAUUCCAUACUACAGGAAACAGUGAGUUCAUAUUGUUUACGAUCCAUCAAUUGCACGUGUGCAUGUUUGGUCUCAACACGCCAUGUGACCAAAUAUUCCCCAGUUAAAACAGAGGGAUAUCGCAGGAUAUCACCUAAGUGAUAUUCCCCAAUUUUCAAACCUUACAUCCACUAUGAUAAGUGUUCAUUUAAAAUUUAAUCCAAGAUGAGAGGGUGAUUUAUGGUUGUUACAGACGAAAGAAAUAUUUGUUUGUUCAGAGUCGUACCAAAGAAUACUCAAAAGAAAAUAUCCCAUAUCAUAUGACAUCCAGAUAUCAUCUUUGUGUCCGAAUGACAGUCUGUCAUGUUUUUCAUUCCACGCUGUUGCGACUCUACUCAUUAUAAUAGAUGGUCACUUAUUACACAUUCACUUUGAGGUGGCUCUUAGCAGAGUGUGAACUUAAAACAAGAUGCUGAACAAUCAGGGCGUUUCCAUAACUUUUUCCAUAAGCGGUUUCCAGUGGUUUAAUUGAAGACCGUGUCGGAGAAAGCUUAAAAUGAGAGACUACUCACUGGCUAAACAGAUGGCAGUGAGAAGUCUUAUCGACAAAGGUAGACCACUGGAACCUGGGUUGUGAACAAUUGAUUUUAGAGGCCACUAGAUAGGUGCAUUUUCCAAUGAGAGCAAAUCUCUGUGUGAAGCAAAGAAGUGAAAAAAAAAUUGUAAACAAAAUUGAACGCUGGAAAUGAUCCCAAUUAAGGAAUUGAUACACCAGCCUUAGAAAGGGUUAGAAUUUGAGUAUAAAUUUUUUUUCUCCAACAGUGAUGAUUUGGUGUUUGUACUUCCUGACCAAACAUCCAGAGAUCCAAGAAAAAGUUUUUGCUGAACUGGAAGAAGUUCUGGGACAGGAGGACAUCAAACCUCAAGUAGUGACAGAACUGACGUAAAUAAAACGUUCCUUUUAUGUUAAUGUAAAAUAACUUACAAAUGGCUCUAAGUAAGAGAUGAGAAUUAGAAAUUUCAUUUACUCCUCAUUUCUCUUGCUUUUCCUAUCCCUUCACACCUAACAUCAGUAUGCACAUUCUCCAUACUGUUCUCUGUACAAUUCUUAAGGCUGACAAGGAGAAUUUGUUUAACAAUCAAGAGCUUUUCUAGUUGGUGAUCAUUUCCUUUAUUCAUAUGGCCUUAGUAUGUGAAUCAGGGGUGAUAUUUUAGGGAGAAAUUAGAUGCUAGUGACUCUUACGGGUGAAAGGGUUUUAAAAUGAUUCCUGUGUUUGCGAGAAAAUGAGGAACGCACGCGUGAGAGACCAGACCAGACUGAUUGUCGCGUGCCUGACUUCUCCCUCGUGUGUGCUGGUCUUAAAUCACUCGUUGUCUUGUCCACACUUUACUUCAGGUACACUCGUCAAGUAAUAGAUGAGACACUUCGUGCUUCAGUACUCGCUCCAUGGGGAGCCAGAUUCCACGAGUACGACCUCCAAGUCGGAGAAUUUGUUAUUCCAAAAGAGGUAAAUCCUUUGCAAUUUACGGUCUAGCGUUAAGAAGUCUUUCCUGGAGUCAAACUUAUGAGGAGUUCUUAUUUUAUAGACCCCCAUUCUUCUUCCGUUUGGAGUUGUAUUACAAGACCAGAAUUUGUGGCCAGAGCCGAAAAGGUAACAGUUAUAGCAGACAAUGAAUUAGAGUUCUCACGUGCUUAGUUAAACUGACUUUCUGAGCGGGGAUCAAAACUUAAACCAAACAAGACUUGUUUACACGCUUUUUCUCGCGCUUUAUGGUUUAUUUGGUGUCGGAUUUUCGACACUCGUUUGAAAUGAGCUCCUCACUUCAUUCAAUUCUCCUGUAUCAGGUUUGAUCCAGAUCGCUUUAGUCUAGAGAACAUCAAACAGCUUCCAAGCCUUGCUUACCAGCCGUUUGGAUUCGCUGGAAAACGCAAGUGUCCCGGAUGGCGGUUCUCGAUCGCGGAGGGACUGGUGUUCUUGUCUGUUCUCAUAAGACGCUUCAAGUUCCAUCUUGUUGAAGGACAGGAAGUGAAACCUGUUUAUCGCCUUGUGACGUCACCAGCUGAGGAGGUCUGGGUCACAGUGACUGAGAGAUGAAUCGUUGGUUCAAUUGUUUUUAAAGGCUGACUCUUGUAGCUCGAUGAUUCGUUGCGGCAUAUAUUUUUAGCAGCGAUUGGUCGCCUACUAUGUUCGAGCCUCUAACUUGAGGGUUUGUUAACUUGAGCAUAAACGAUUUUUCGUGCCAUCGAAGAAAAAAUGGGUGGCGAGACUAUGAUGCACCAAACUCCUGCAAAACACUAACUAUACAGGCUAAACAUUGGAAUGAAAUAUA